CUAGCUAAGCUAAGUAGCCAGCUAACUUGCUAAACGGCUAACAAAGCAACGGUCACGUCCCAGGCUUCUUUGUAGACGGCUGCCAGAUCUCACAACGCCUGGUGACGUGUUUUAAAUAUCAGCUAAUGAGGACAUGAAGUUACAGAUGAGUGUUUUGAUGUGUACAUCUUUUUUUUACAGGUUCUCUAAAGUCCUGCCAUUGACUGCAUUGUCGUUGUUGCCACACGAGCAGGACAAUAUGAAUCCACUCAGUUCAGAGAAGGAAACGUUGAUUGAUGAAAUUGAACAGAGUUUAUUCACUUUAACCGUGGACAAUUUACGCUACCUGUGUGAACGUCAUGGCAAAGAUGGAUCUGAAAUUAAAGGGAUGAAUCAUCGCUUAUUAAGGCGUAAAGUCAUGGAGGAAAUGUGGGACAAUACGGAUUCAAUCAAAUCAGAGGAGCAGGGAAUGUCUUGGUUACUCCAUCUGAAAGAGGACAUCAGAAGGAUGCUGGAGGAUGCUAGUGGGGCACAAAUUAGUCCCAGCAAGUCCGAUGAUGAUGAUGCUAUCGACUAUGACGAAGAAUGCGACAAGGAGGACAUCGAUUGGUUGCCUAGCAAUGGACUGAAGGCGGAACACUUGAGUUCCAGCCAAUCCGAUGACGACGCUGCAGACUGCGACAAAGACUGGGACGUGGAGGACAAGGAUUGGUUGGCUAGCGAUGGGCUGGAGGCAGAGUCAGAUCCAGAGAGGCACACUCCAGAGCAGAGAGUAAGAGAGGAUUUCCAGGACAAGCCUCCCCCACCCCUCUCCCCUCGCCCAGAGUCUCCAGGUCAUGCCUUUCCCAGUAGUAUCUUACUGCAGAGUCAGAAGAGGGUGUCCGUGCGGCUGGUCGACUGCAGGAAGACACCGGGGCAGAGUAGCCAUAUAAUACACAAGACAACACAGACGGGAGAGAAACCCCACAGCUGGUCUAAUGCUGAACAACACAAAACCCUCUCAGGAGACAGGCCUGGCUCCCAUAUCUGUGAUCACUGUGGGAAGAAUUUUACCACAGCAAGAAGUCUACAACUACACCUACAGAACCUGAAGAGAUUCAGUGAUACCGUCACUGCAGAGAAACCACACGUGUGCUCUGAAUGCGGAAAGGGAUUCUCUCAGGCCUACAGUCUUAAGAUACAUUGGAGAACUCACACUGGGGAGAAACCGUACGUUUGUUAUCAGUGUGGGAAGGGUUUCACUGAAUCUGGAACCUUAAAGAGACACAUCAGAACUCACACGGGAGAGAAACCUUUCCACUGCCCUCGUUGUGGGAAGGACUUUAUUGAAUCUGGAGGCUUGAAGAAACACAUCAAAAGAGCUCACCCAGGAGAGGAGGUCGUUGUCCCUCAGAAGAGCGUCCAUACAGGAGAGAAACCUUACCAUUUCUCCUCUGACGACUGUGGGAUGAGCUUUGCUACCUCACGCGAACAGAGACUACAACAGAGAAAACACACAAGAGAGCUUCGCAGCACGCCUAACGCUAAGCAACGCAAGGAACCUCUCUCAGGAGAUGGCUCCCAUAUCUGUGAUCACUGUGGGAAGAAUUUUACCACAGCAAGAAGUCUAAAACUACACCUACAGUACCUGAAGAGAUACAGAGAUAACUUGACUGGAGAGAAACCACACGUGUGCUCUACAUGCGGAAAGGGAUUCAGUGAGGCUGGCAGUCUUAAGAGACACCUGAGAACUCACACUGGCGAGAAACCGUACGUCUGCCAUCAUUGUGGGAAGAACUACAAUGAUUCUGGAAACUUACAGAAACACAUCAGAACCCACACAGGUGAGAAACCUUACCACUGCUCGGAUUGUGGGAAGAAUUUCCGUGUAAAAAUAAGCCUUGUACAUCACCAGGAAAUUGUUCACACAGACCACCCUCACCGCUGUGGUCAAUGUAAGAAGAGUUUCAUAACUGCAGAAAGACUGGAAUCACACAUUAAGACACGACACCCGCCUAAUGAUCCUCUGAAGAACCCACAUGUGUGCUCUGAAUGUGGAAGGGGAUUCAGAUAUGCCGACAAUCUUAAAAUACACCUGAGAAUCCAUACCGGGGAGAAACCGUACGUCUGCCCUCGUUGCGGUAAGGAUUUUACCCAAUCAGGACUCUUACAGAGACACAUGAGAACUCACACGGGAGAGAAACCCUAUCACUGCUCAGUGUGCGGGAUGAAGUUUCGUCAUACAAUCUCGUUAAAGCAGCACCACCUGAAGAACCACAAGGGGGAGACACUGGGUCCAGUCCGUAUGCACCAAGGCCCUCUUCCAUGCCCCCACUGUGGGGAGAAGUUCUCUACCAAGGCUCUUCUGAAGGAUCACCUGCAGAAGACCCACAACAGCCGUGUCCACUGCCCACAGUGCGACAAGACCUUCUCCACUAAACGUAAUUUACUAGUCCACCAGAGGAAGCACACUGGAGAGAGGCCUUACCUUUGCCCUCAGUGUGGGAAGAGUUUCUCUCUGACAGGGAGUUUAAAACUUCAUCUCCGGAUUCAUGCGGGUGAGAAACCUUACUGCUGUACUUACUGUGACAAGAGCUUCACAAGUAAGAGCCACUGCACUCUUCACCUGCGAAUCCACACUGGAGAGAAACCGUACCAAUGCCCUGACUGCGGGAGGAGGUUUCGUGACGGGAAUGUCCUGAAAAACCACCGGCGGACCCACACAGGAGAGAAACCGUUCCAAUGCCGCUUGUGUGAUAAAGCCUUCGCCCAGUUGAGCAGUCUGAAGAAACAUCAGGAGACACACAGGCAAACUCAGCCUGUCUCUGUCCCAAGACUCCCUAAUCCCUACCUACCACCAAAUCAGCAUGUCCCUUAUCCCUACCCACAUCACACUCCAUUGUAACCUGGUUUACACCUGUCCAAUCCAUUAUAGGUGUGUUUACUACUUCAAGGAAACAAGAUGUGAAGCAUGUGUUUUUUAGGGGUGGUAUAUUUGAUGUUGUAAUUGUUUUUAAUGGAGACAGGUUAGAAGUAGAGGGGGAGACAGAUGAGGAGGGAAGACAGUGAAGAGUAGAUGCAGGGAUUGAACCCUGGUCUCCAUUGGGGAGGCUGAGGCAUACAUAGAGUAUCCAGCUGUGCUACCACAAGACUACAUGUACUAGAGCUGGGACAUUAAACCCAGAAUGAUCUACAGCGAACAUACCAAUCACUUAUUGCAGGGCGUUUUGCUCUGUCAUUCAUUACGAUAAAUGUUGUAAUUUUUUAAAAUUUCACCUUUAUUUAACCUUUUUUUAACUAGGCAAGUCAGUUAGGAGCAAAUUCUUAUUUUCAAUGACAGCCUAGGAACAGUAGGUUAACUGCCUGUUCAGGGGCAGAACGACAGAACAGCGUUUUGCUCUGUCAUUCAUUACGAUAAAUGUUGUAAUUUUGUCAGCUCGGGGAUUUGAACUAGCAACCUUUCGGUUAUGAGUCCAACGCUCUAACCACUAGGCUACCCUGCUGCCCCAAAUAACCCUAUACACUAGAACGUUUCAAAUGAAACAAGUUUGUUAAUAUGGCUGAUUGUUCAUGGGACAAUUCAUGGCUAGAACCAUCCAACUAGUAGUAGUAUUUUUAAAAGGAUAAUUGAUUAAUUACCGUGGUGCUCGUUGAUGUUAUAAAUGUAUUGUUCUGUAUGUCGUUAUCCACAUCAGUUCAGGCAAUUUAUGACGAUAUGGAGAUUUGUGACCAUAUCGCCCGCAGCUCUACUGUGCAUCUCUGUAAAGGUAUUGGAACAGAACCCUAGACUUAGAACCCCCCCCACACCCUUUACCUAUCACAUCCCGUUUGGCCCUGACCGUUCCGACAUGGAUCUAAACGCAGGGGAUUGUUACAAGCAUCGGGCUGAAGAGAGCUUCCACCAUUGGUCAAAUCCAUUCCAGAAUAGGAGAAUCUCAAUUUCUUCGCGUCGGCUUCUCAAAAACCCAUUGGAUGAGAAGGUCAGAGGUUCCCCAUCCGCUCUGACUUUCUUAUCCAAUGGGUUUUGAGAAGGAGGCGAGGAGAGAGGACGCGAGGAAUCAAAGGCAAUUGAAGAUUCUCCCAAAGUGUUCAAAUUUGUCACACUUGUGGAGAAUCGGGACACCCGCCCAUGAAGUAGAACUCGAUACAACUGACCUCCUGUCACUGGACAAAGUAUUGGAUCAGUUCCAGGUUCUGAUUCCAGGUUCUGAUUCCAGGUUCUGAAAGGCUCGUCUUCAAACAUUCUAAAUGACUCCAUAGAAUUCCAUAGCAGUGUUUCCUGUAUAUAUAUAUUACUGGGAAAGGUAUUGCACUUUGUCUGUUUCAAACAUAAAUUAUUUUACUCUGAUCACAUUCUUGCCUAGGAGUUUUUUUGUAUGAACGGGUUGACAGUCAAAUCAAAUUGUAUUGGUCACAGACACAGUUCACAGCAGGUAUAAAAGAUGCAGGGAAAUGUGAAUGUGCUAGUUCCCUCCACAAUACAGUACAUAACAACAAUAAGAGUCCAGUCAAUAACAAGUAGUAGUAGAGGUAGUAUGGGUAGUAGUAGUAGUAUGGGUAGUA